AUGAAAACAAUUAGACAAUGGAAAGAAGAAGUUCAACGUCAAAAGAAAUCAAGUCCUGCUGCUGCUUCUUCUACAUCUGCUAGUAAUGGUAAUGGUUCAUCAAAUAACAACAACAACUCAUCAACUCCAACAAAUACCACAAAUGUUGUUGGUCAACAAAAAAAAUUUGUUGCUAAUGGUCCAAGAAAUGCUAAAAAUGAUGGUGUUAAAACUGAUUUAUAUGAAAAUAGAACAAGAAAUGGGGUAAUACAGGCUCUUUAUAAUGGUUUAUGUAUUGAUUCUGAACAUCCUCCAAAUGUUUUAUUAAAAUUAGCAAAAGAAAUUGAAGCUGAAGUUUUCCAUGCUGAAAAAUUUGAUACAAGUUCAAAUACCAAGUAUGCUCAAAGAUUAAGAAGUUUAACUUCAAAUUUAAGACAAAAAAAUAAUCCUGAAUUAAGAAAUAAAAUUAAUAAUGGUGAUUUAUUACCAAAAGUUUUCAUAAAUAUGAGUCCAAGAGAAAUGGCACCUGAAUCAUUGAAAAAGGAAUUAGAAGAAAUUAAAAAGAAAAAUUUAUUUAAUGCUCAAGGUGCAACUCAAGAAAGAGCUGUUACUGAUAGAUUUACUUGUGGUAAAUGUAAAGAAAAGAAAGUUAGUUAUUAUCAACUGCAAACAAGAUCUGCUGAUGAACCUUUAACAACUUUUUGUACUUGUGAAAAUUGUGGUAAUAGAUGGAAAUUUUCAUGA